AUGGCCCUUGAUUUACCUGAACCAUUUGCUAGCAUCCCCAAGCAAGACUUUCUGUUUGGGCCAUCUCCCAUCCAGGCGCUGCCCCGCAUAUCCGCGGCGCUCGGUGGCAAGGUCAGGGUCUACGCCAAGCGGGAAGACUGCAAUUCCGGCUUCGCCUACGGCGGCAAUAAAACGCGAAAGCUGGAGUAUCUCGCAGCUGAGGCUCUGGCGCAGGGCUGCGACACCUUCGUGUCCAUCGGCGGCAUCCAGUCCAACCACACCCGGCAGGUCUCCGCGGUGGCCGCCCUGCUGGGGCUCAAGGCCGCCACGGUCCAGGAGCACUGGGUGGACUGGCAGGACCCGGGCUACGAAAAGGUCGGCAACAUCCAGCUGUCGCGGCUGAUGGGCGCCGAUGUGCGGCUCGACGCCUCGGCGUUUGGCAUCGAGCACAAGACGACGCUGGCGGACCUACGCCGCGAGAUCGAGGCGGCCGGUGGCCGGCCGUACUACAUCCCGGCCGGCGCGUCGGACCACCCGCUCGGCGGGCUGGGCUUCGCGCGCUGGGCGUUCGAGGUGGAGGCGCAGGAAAGGGCCAUGGGCGUUUUCUUCGACACCGUUGUCGUCUGCGCGGUGACGGGGUCGACCAUGGCCGGCAUGGUGGCGGGCUUCAAGCUGUGCCAGGUGAAGCGCGGGUCGCCGCCGCGGAGGAUCGUCGGCAUCGACGCCUCGGGCAAGCCGCGACAGACGUUUGACCAGGUGCUGCGCAUUGCAAAGUUUACGGCGGCCAAGAUUGGGCUGAGCGAGGACGAUAUUACGGAUGCUGACAUUAUCCUCGACGAGCGGUACAAUGCUGGCAUAUAUGGGAUUCCCGACGAGACGACCAUUGCGGCUAUAAAGUUUGGCGCUCAGACCGAGGCCUUCAUCACCGACCCGGUAUACGAAGGCAAGAGCCUCGCAGGUAUGAUGGAUUUGAUAAGAAAGGGAGAGAUUUCGUCCGGUAAUGUGUUGUAUGCGCAUCUGGGAGGGCAGCUGGCCUUGAAUGCGUACACUGAGAUGUAA